GUGCUUUCUAUUCCCGGAACCAAAACUAUGGAUAUUGCGAUACGUAAAGCUACCAGACUGGAGUAUCGUCCCCCCAAAAGAAAACACUUGGAAACAUUAAUUCGAUGGACGGUUCAGAAUCCGGACAGCAUUGGCGAAAUUGUCCAUUUGUUGGAAAAGAGGCUACGGGAGAACUCUUGGAUCAUAACAUUUAAGGUUCUGAUUAUUUUGCAUACAUUGAUGAGAGAAGCGAACGGUGACAAUAUUUAUGGCUAUAUCGAACGAAAUAAUAUGGCUGUGUUGUCAACGCAUGGAUUAAAAGAAAAAGCAUCAGCCAUGAACAAGAUUCAAAAUAUUCACACCUAUUGUUCCUAUCUGGAGAAAAAGACGACUUCUUUUCGCCAAUUGAAGAAGGAUUACGUGAAACUAACCAUGAAAUCACGAGUCGGACGAUUACGGCAUCUCGCUGUGAAUGAUGGAUUACUGAAGGAAACCAAAGUAUUGCAAGAGCAAAUCGAAUCAUGUUUACAGUGCAAGUUUCAAUGGGAUGCAGGAGAUAAUGCGAUUAAUUUUAAUGCAUUUCGGUUGGUGCUUGAAGACUUGUUGGCUCUUUUUCGAGCCGUCAAUGAAGCGGUGGUGAAUAUUCUUGAUCACUAUUUCGCAAUGGAGAAAACAGAUGCUAGAUCAGCGCUUGAUAUUUAUAAACGGUUUGCGAGUCAAACCGAGGACACCAUUGCUUAUCUGGAUCGAGCACGCAAAAUACAGUCGGAUUUGUCCAUGGAGAUUCCGAUAUUAAAACAUGCACCGUUAUCAUUAGCUGCUGCGCUGGAAGAAUAUCUGGAUGCACCGUCGGCAAAGGAAGAAGAAAAACGAGUGCCAUCACCGAAACAAACAUCAGAUCAAACUGCAUUAUCACCUCCACCGCGAUCGGCAGCCCCAGUGAUUGACUGUUUGACCAGUCUCGACAACGAACAAACUACUCUAUUUAUGCCGAAUGCACCUUUCAUGCCUUCUCAGCUCACAGGGUUGCCCAUGCAACCACAAACGAUUCCUGUUGCUUCAUUAUCAUCUGUGACAAAUAAUCCGUUCCGGGCUUCUACAGCAGUUCUUUUAUCACAAAAUACAGGCUUCCAGAAUCUUCCGAUUCCCGGCAACGGCUAUUUGAAUCAAUCUUUUUCUACGUUACCUACCAUGCCAACAGGUCAAAUGAACCCCUCCUCUAAUCCAUUUCGAUCCAGUACCCUGCCACCUCAGGGCCUUCCAAACUAUAGUGGGUUGCAAGCUCAAAUGACAGGCUGGCAAGGAGCGCCGUCCCCGUCCGCCGGUUUGGUGACACAGCAUGUCACCGGAAAUCCAUUUACAUUUACCAUGGCCUCUGGACCCAAUACGGGUUAUCCUGUCACCUCUAAUCCAUUUUCUCAUGAAUUCCAGUAAUUUAUGUAAUAAAAGACCGAAAUAUCACCCUCCCGCA